AUGGCGGAGACCAGCUCCGAUUGGGCUCGGCCGGCCUCCGAUGUCUCCAUGUCCUCUGAUGAAGAUGACUUUGUUUCAAGCCAAAGCACUCCUUCGAUAGAGCCUGAAGCUUUGGCUAAACAGCGACUAUUAUCUUCCCCUUUCAGGAAAUUGAACCUCGAGGCCAAUUCAAGUGAGAGCUCCGACCAAGGCGUUGCUCGGACUCGGACGUCCAUACUCGGCACUACGGAAUCGAUGUUAUCCAACUGCAAUGUAUCACCUUCUGAAAUGACUGACGAAGAGGUCGUUGAAUCACCCAAGAAACCACUUCAACUUUUAGAAUUACCUAUUGAUGUAUUGAAGGACAUUAUCAAAGAAGUUACACACACCAAUGACCUUACCUCUCUCGCCUUAACAUGCUCUGUAAUGCAUUCCUUGACGAUUCCUCACAUGUACUCUCGAUUCGAUAUUGUCUGGCCGGAGUCCUUACAUCCGGCAAACGAGGACUAUUCUGGCGUAGACGCGCUGUCAUAUGGAUUAUCAACCUUAGUGAUGGGUGAGGAUGUUUUCCGACGUGGGGAACGUUCAAGGAGUCCCAGCUGGCCUCUGCAACGUCAUGGAAACCACUAUGCGCAGUUUACCCGCACUUUCUCGAUCGGAAACGGUCCACUGAGCUGGGUGCAGGAAUAUUCAGUGAACAGAGAGGUUGGCAAGAUGCUGGGGACACUGGUGGCGCUAGCUGUAGCGAGAAUGAUCAAUCUUGAAGCUUUCAUAUGGGACAUGCCAACAGGCGUGGUUCGCGAAAUAUGGCUUGCGCUUGCUUCUCUGGCCGACCAACCCGAUAAUAAUUGCCGCCUGGAUCGAGUGUGGGUUCGCUGGCAUGAUAACUCAGAUAAUAUUUUGCGCGUUCCGGCUGGGUCGGCAGCAGCGUCAACACUGGAGGGCCGACUACUACAGAAAUACAAACACGUGGAACAUCCCUCUCUAUCUGUCCUACCGCCGCUUAGGAGUAUCGCUGUUCUCGAUAUUGACGAGCCGGCCUAUGUGGAAGAGCUUGCUGUUUUGAUUGAGCGUUCUCGCCAUCGUCUGGUUGAGUUACGCAUUGGGAUUACAUCAAAGGCACACAGGGCUGACUGGGUGCGCUGUGCUGAACAGACCGGUAAUCCUGAGGAUUCCACCUCAAGCUGGCCAAAAAUUGGUGGUCUUCUUAGCAUUCUCAGCAAGCGCGGAUUGCAACCAGAGGUGGACGACUCUGUAACGCCAUCCUUGACUACCACUGGCUCUUUGACCUCAGAGGGAUCUACAGUGAAAGACGCGAAGAGCGAUAACCCAAUUAACCACCAUAACUCAAGUGCUGUACCCGAUUCUGCCCCGCAGAACAUAAAGGUAGUGGAAGUGACUAACAGCAAAUCCCUACCUCUGAAUGCGUCCCAUCCAGCUAGAUCUAAUGCAAGUGUUCCAUUAAAUCUUGAGGUUCUGGAAUUAGAACGAGUUCCUUUAUCUAUUCCGCAUCUCCUGCCAACAAUCGAUUGGACUCGCCUUACCACUCUCACGUUAAUGGGCUGCGAGGAACACGAAAACCUCUGGCGGACGCUUCGUCGAAAAUACGCACCACCUCAACUACCCCCAAAGCGAGCACAGGCAGGUGAAAGGCGCCGAUCAAGUCUUAGCGCACAAGACUUUCCCCUGAACAUCCAACAUCUUCGAACAGAUACUGUAACUCCAUACUUGAUGCUUUUCAUCAAAGAUACUCUGGCUCCAAAUACUUUGGAGAGUGUUUACCUGCACCAGACUCCCGAUGCUGAAUCGAACGUUAACAUUGAAGCAAUUUAUCGACACAUUAUUCGAAAGCACCGCCUAAGUCUCCGGAAGAUUCUUGUGGAUGCAUCUGAUCGGCUUGUCGAUACCCAGCUCAACAACCCGCGAUGGCAGAGAUGGAUGUUCAACCAUGAUAUGGUAUCAUUUGUUACUAGUGGGCGAAUGCCACAGUUGAGAGAAUUGGGAAUGGCCUUGCAUUAUCGAGAUUGGCAUUUCUUUCUCCAAAGACUACCGAAAAUGACGCAAUUACGGGCGCUUUAUCUACCAUACAUCGGAAAGUUUGUUCACCGGGACUUGAAAGAGCUCGCCAUGCAAGUCCUUGAUAUUGUUAGCAUUCGCCCAGAGCUCAAGAUUACAUACAUCGGUCUGCUCACUAAAUGCUAUCAAAUCCUUGAGCGAACGGGAGCGGGUAACGAUCUUGAAAUGGACGGACCUCCAUCAGUAAAUUCUUCCACUCAUCCUGGCGAUGACGGAUUAUCUGCUUUUGAAGAUGAUGAGCCAGUGGACAUCAGCGAUGACGAACAUGAUCUACCACGAGUCUCUCAUAGCCAAACUUCCUUGCUUGGUUACUCUGAUGAUUCUGAAGACCUCGAAAGCGAGCCUGAUGAACCUGGUGCCUCUAAUGUCCACUUUCGAUUACAGGAAAUCCUCUUUUAUGACGACAAGAUAUCAAUUUUCAAGGUACGGCAUGGUGUGAUUUGA